GGCGCCCGCUCCCGCCGUACCUCGGCGUUGCUUGUCCCUUAGGCAUAGCCUCCUCACCGAGCGCACCAUGGGCGGCAAGGGGGCUGCAAAUGGCAUCGAGGCGCCUCUGCCAGGAAGAUGCGGAUAUUUCGUGGCAAAGAAAAAGAGAUACUGCAAAAUGAUCGUGGCAGAAGGGAAGCUGCUGUGUGGGGAACAUGCGAAUACAGCUUCAGAUAGCAACGAUGAAAACCAACGGAAAAGAAUUCCGUGUCCUCUGGACCCAAAACAUACAGUUGAUAAAGAUAAACUAGAAAAGCAUCUGAAAAAAUGUAAUUCAAGGGAAAAACCAAAACCUAUUUAUUAUAGUAAAGGUAUCAAUGGGGGCUUUGAGGAUUCAGUGGAGGGAACCAAACAGGUUUCAAUUUGUGCUUUGUCCAAAGAAGAAUUGGAGAAAAUGAUCAGAAAACUGGUAAAAGUAACCAACAAUUUGGAUUCUCAGGUAACUGAUCGAACAUCAACCCAUAGAGCAUUUGAGGAAGCUCUGAAUGAUCCAAAAAAUGGAGAAUAUGCCUUUAAGCAUUUGAAGCAGAAGGCUUCACUCGCUGGUAACUUGGAAAGACUGGGCUUACUAGGAUCAAACAGAUGUUACGUUGAGUUUGGUGCUGGUCGAGGAAAAUUGUCUCAUUGGAUAGAUCUUGCCUUGAAAGGUUCUGAGAAUGUUCACUUCCUCCUUGUGGAAAGGGCUACUACUCGUUUCAAGGUAGAUGGUAAGCACAGGCAUCAAGGUUCAACAUUUGAGCGGCUUCAUAUUGACAUAGAAGAUCUCAACCUAAGUAAUGUGCCUCUUCUAGCAAGUGAAAAGUUGCCAGUGGUUGGAAUUGGCAAGCAUUUGUGUGGAGCUGCAACAGAUCUUGCACUGAGGUGUAUGUUGAAAAGUUAUAAAACCAAACAGGAGGAUGCUGUCGAAGAACCUCUGAAGAAAAGAUCCAAGGGUGAAAUGGAGACAAGGGAACACCCUUUGAAUCUUCCUAACUGUACUGUUCUGAACACUUCAAAUGGACUGUCAGUACUUGGUAUUGCCAUUGCACUGUGCUGCCAUCACAAGUGUGAGUGGAAGCAUUAUGUGGGCAAAGAAUUCUUCUCUUCACAUGGUCUUGGUGCAGAGGAUUUUAACAUAUUUCAGCGUUUGUCAAGCUGGGCCACCUGUGGCAUGAAAAAGCAUUCCAUUGACAUUUGUGAAGUAGAAUUUGGCAAUGCAGAUGAGAAACUGCAUCUGGAAGACCACAACUUUGAGGAGGAAAGUUCUGCAUACGAAGGAACACUGAAUGUAGAGGAAAGAGAACACGUGGGACGCCUGUGCAAACUGUUGAUAGACCAUGGCCGGAUCUGGUAUUUGCAGCAGCAGGGAUUUGAUUCUACUUUGCAGUAUUACACCAGUACCAACAUCUCACUGGAAAAUGUCCUGCUCACAGCUAUUCCCCAUCCAACAAUUAAACAAACUGAGGACUCUGGAAUAAGAUUCAGUUUUUUAAAGAAAUGAGGACUGUUAACAACAAUAUUUGUAAAGCAACAUGUUCCAUUCAUUAAUCAUUAGUCCUUGAUUCUCUUUGUUUGUCACAUACAAUGAAUUGAAUAAAAUGCAGAUGUGGGGUUUUUCUUUUAUGUUUUUGAUGGUUGACGUAAAAAGUUCUUGCAUUUCAUAAAUUCACAAGUUUCAAAGAAUCCGACCAGGUUCACGCAAGUGUUCAUCAUUUAAAUUUGCAUUAUGUUAUUUUAAUACACUAUUUGCUUUGUGAUAGUGGUAACAUGAUUUUAAUUGAAUAUUUCAGCUUCAUUUGUAACUGACAGUGCUGAGUUACAAGUUUCAGUUUUGCCUGAAAGAGAGAAAAAAAUGUUUGUAUUUUGGAGUUUUAUGUACAGUAUUCAGUAGGUAUUUCCUGUCUUGUAUAUGUAGUCAAAACAUUUUUUAAUAAGCAUUUACAGUUUCAUUCUUAAGUUGCACAAAAACUAAUUUCACUGAGUCUUUUUUUACUGGCUAUAACUUGGUAUAAAAUUGUAGUAUAGUUUUGUGAUUUUUCCACAAAACAAAAUGAUUUAAUCAGUAACAAAAUUAAGUUAAAACUAUCAACAGUACUAUACAAUAUUAUUAAGGAAGAAAGAUUGUUAUUAUUGAAAUAUACUGUGACUAUAUGGCAUUGCA